UGAGUGAGGCGCCUGCAGAGUCAUGCAAAUGUAGCAACAAAUAGCACACACUUGCGUGAAGAAAAGCUUACCGGUUACCGUCCACUCCUCGGUCUCCCUCCCGCGUAGCUCCGAUUGUUGACCACUACUUGGACACAAUGGAUAUAUUGUGUCGAUAAUUCCCACAAAACCGAUGGAACUUCGUUUCCCUCUUUUUUUUUUUUUUUUUUUUUAGUUUUUUUUCCUCCGAUGAAGUGGCUGCCUCGUCUGGGCUUUACUUCCUCCGGAUGAGGUCGUCAGACAAAAGGAGUGCAACGUCGUGACAUCACGUCCGGUAACAAAAUGGCACCUCUUUUUAAACGAGAGACGUUUAAAUCUCUUGGUUUUUACUUUACCCGAUUAUCCUGUAUUUUUGUGACCCUCAAUCAUUUAACUAUAAUUUAAUGUUUUAUCAUUUUUAUCUUCGCAGUUAUAUCGCGUAAUUACGUAUAGUGCUGCAUUCACGUACUGUGGUAAAAACAAUAACUUGUUAGAAUUCUCGUCUACUGUGAAUGCAAAUUACCGCAUUCCACUAAUAAAACUACUUUUCCUUGACUAUAUUAACAAUUAACGUGUGGACACGUUUCUUUUAAUGCGACAAGGACUGAAUUGAGCCUUAGUCUUUCCGCAUUGUAAGUUGUACAGUAUUGCUGUAUCGUUUAUCUAGCCAUUUAUUUUCUACGCUUUUUAUCCUCACUGGGGUCGCGGGUAUGCUGGAGCUGACUUCGGGCGCGAGGCGGGGUACACCCUGGACUGGUCGCCAGCCAAUCGCAGGGCACAUAUAGACAAACAAACUGUAUCUUCUUUCAUUGAUUAAUUUCAUUACACGGAUAUUUCUGAUGAAAAUAUUUUGUUUCCCUGUUUUGCUCUUUUGUGUAUGUAAAUCGCAUUUAAUUGCACUGUUUUAUGAAAUGGUCUAUAAAUGACCAUGCCUGAAUGCUAAUUAUAAUUAACAUGUUGUUAUACACUAUUGUAUAUUGCGUUGAUUAUGGACUGUGAACUGGGUCCUGCUAAUUUUAAUUGCAUGUAUUAUCCAAACAUGUAAUCAUAAUAAUAAAUUGUGGCAAAUGUAUAGAUAUUUUCUAUAGUUUUAAUAGUCGGACUUUAGUUCACUACAUAUCCACAGAGUGCCGCUGUAGGCACAGCUCGACACUUCUUCAGUAACUCGUCAACAUCCGGCGACACGUUUCCCCAAACAGCCUUAAUUCCCACAAGAGCUCUCUCUAUCCAAAUCCGCUUAGUGCCUUUUUUCCCCCAAAAUCACCAUCCUACGUCUUUUUUUUAUUAUGAUUUCUUUCACAUGAUAUCCCAAUUCGAAAGCUAGUUAGUCAUACAAGCAGAGGAGUAUUGAAAGCCCAGAUGGGGGAGGUGAGGAAGCUGCAGAAGAAGUUGAGGCAGAUUGAGAACCUGGAAAUAAAAAUCAGUCUCACACCAGAGGAAGAAUUCAAGAUCUCCAGGAAGGAGGAGCUGCGUCGCAGAUUGGCUGAGCUUCAGCUGCAGCUCUGUGGCCCGCAGCGAACUCUGGGGAUCCAGGCAGACGGCGAGGAGUCAGAGAUGAAAAGACAUGUGGAGGACGCCCCCGAGGCCCUUCCAUCACAAACGCCUCCGGCCUCAAAGAUCCUGAGGGGCGAAGAUGCAAAGUGUAAAUGUGAAGACGGGCCGGCGCUGCUUGCCACACAGAGGACGACAGGAGGGGUGGUGAAGACAGCCCAGAGGCAGGAAAGGACACAUACUGCCACGGUGUCACAUCACGACAGGCGGGACAUGUCAGAAGACUGUCCGGACCGCGGCGACGAUGACGACGGGGGGCGGCGACAGGGGCAGGAAGAUGCUGAGUUCACGUCCCUUAAAACGAGUUGGCAGAAAGCAAAGUUCCGCUUGAGGCUGUUGGAAGGUCACAAUGACAUCAUCACCUGUGUGGUUGCUGUUGACAACCUGGUGGUUUCUGGCAGCCGAGAUACCACCGUCAAAGUGUGGCACGUUCCCACGGCAACAGAGCACAAGAACCUAGGGGGUCACACUGGCGGGGUCACCUGCCUGUCUGCUCCUCCCCCUGAGUACUGCAAGAAGCUUGCCUGGUCGCUGUCGUUGGCAGACACGGAGAGGUUUAUUUUGAGCGGCUCGGCCGACUGCAACGUCAAGAUCUGGGCCCUGAGCAUCGGGCAGUGUGUAAAGUCUCUCUACACCUUCAACGCAGUGACGGCGCUCUGCUUUGUGCCUGAGGGAGACGGCUACAUCAUCACUGGCUCAGACGGGGGCAAAGUUCAAGCCUGGAGCUGGCACACUUUGGACAACUGCCAGUCAAUCAAUGCGCAUCAGGAAGCAGUCACCUCCAUCCAGUCUCAGGGGCCGCUGGUGUUCAGCAGUUCUGCUGAGGGUGGGGUGUCCGUGUGGGAGAACCGCUGCUCCGACCGAGACCCCUUGAGCCUUCUCCAUCGCUGGAGCGGCCAGGUGACGGGCUGUGGUGGAGGGCGUCUCACCCUCAGCCCCCGCGGGGACAAAGUACUCCUGGCAUACGGUCAGGCAUGGAUCAAGAUCCUGCAUUGGAGGACGGGAACGGUAUCCAGGCUGACCAAUCACAGCAGCGUCACAGGGGUAACAGAUUGUGUCCACCAGACAGCCGGCCUCCUAAUUGGCUCCUGCUAUGAUUUGGCCAAUGGAGAGAGCAUGCUAAAUUUGUUCUCUGUGCCUCAGUGUCGCUACCUGGCCUCUCUGACCUGGCAGCGAGCUCCCAGAAUCCUUUGCUUCGCGGCUUGGACCACAGGGAGCGGAGACCACCGCUGGGUCACGGGAGGGCGCGACCUCGUUGUGUGGGAGCAGCUCCCCAGCUCCGGGAGACGGAGGGGGGACAUCACUGUGAGGACAGACAGCCGAUUAGAAUCGCCUCUGGAGUCCGAGGGGGACACGGAAAACGACGAGGAGACGGACGACGAACACCUUGAUGAUGACGAAGACGGAAGACGGGGAGGUAGAGAAACUGAUGUCGAGGAUGGGGGGUCCGGCUCGUGGUUACGCUGCGUUCUCCAGUGAGGACAUGGACGCGAAAGAGACAGCGAACUGAGAGCAUAUGGACACAAAGUCUGUAGAUGUUAGUUGCACAUAAAAUAAACCUGUCACAUCUCCAUAUUUGCAUCUUUUACUAUCAUUCAUCACUCAUUACUGUAUGAAUGCUGACGAGGACAAUUCUAUUUAUUAUUAUUCCUAAUUUUUCACGCUCAACUACGUCCACAUUUCUCAACCGAUUCAAAACAUUCCAACAUGAAAACAUUCAAGUUAUUUCUUGACAUUCCAAAAAUUCCUAUAUUUUCUGUAAUUCCACAUUUCCUGUGACAAAAUUCCCAUUGAUCUUGAGAAUUUUCACUUUUUCCACGUAUGUCAACAAAUUCAAACCAUUCAACUAAUUCAGCAAUUUCAGGCUAUCAAUUUUCGACAUCCCAAAAAUUCCCACAUUUGCCGUAGUUCCACAUUUCCCAGGACAAAAUCCCCAUUGAAAAUGAAUGAACCAUUUUUUACAAGCGCCACAUUUCUCAAGCACAUCAAACCAUUCCAACAUGAAAACAUUCAUCUCACUCAGGCUAGCAAUUUUUGACAUUUCAAAAAUUCCCACAUUUUUCGUGACAAAAUUCCCACUGAAAAUAAAUGGACAAUAUUCAACAUUUCUGAACUUAUUUAAACCAUUCCAACAUGAAAACAUUCAAGUUAUUCCGGGACGUUCAGCCAACCUUUCUUGAAAUUCCAAAAAUUCCUAGAUUUUCUGUAAUUCCACAUUUCCUGCGACAAAAUUCCCAUUGAUCUUGCCAAUUUUCACUAUUUACACGUAUGUCAACAAAUUCAAACCAUGAAGCUAAUUCAGGCUAUCAUUUUUCGACAUCCCAAAAAUUCCCACAUUUGCCGUAAUUCCACAUUCCCCAGCACAAAAUCCCCAUUGAAAAUGAAUGAACCAUUUUUACAAGCUCCACAUUUCUCAAGCAAAUCAAACCAUUCCAACAUGAAAACAUUCAUCUCACUCAGGCGAGCAAUUUUUGACAUCUCAAAAAUUCCCACAUUUUUCGUGACAAAAUUCCCACCGAAAAUGAAUGGGCAAUAUUCCACAUUUCUCAACAAACCAUUCCAGCAUU